GACCCGCAUUUUUUCUACAUUUCUUAUUUUACCUGAAAUAAUGAGAAGAAGAGUGAGAAGAUGCUGUAAGCAAGAUUUUGGGAAGAGACAAACCUGGACGAGUUAGGGGGUUUGGUAGAGGGAUUACGGCUACUAAGCUAGCAUUUCUGCAAUUAAGAGACGCAAAGAUUUCAGAAAUGAAAAGUGAGAUUGAAGAGUUAAAGGGCAUGGUCCGAGACUUAGCUGGAAAGAAGAAAAGUAAUGGUGAUGCUAAAACAUCUGAGACUAGUAGUGGAUUCAAAGAAGGAGUGACAGUACAAAUACUGGAUUGGAUUGAAUCAGAAGAUGUUGUUGUCGGUGAAGGAGAAUUCUGCUCUGCUGAACUGAAGUACAAAAUUGGUCGUAUACCAAUUGCUCCUAAUGCAGUGGCUCUCGUUGUUAAGUGUGCACUAAGCUCAGAAGCUUCUCUCUGGAGGCCUACAACAGAUGUUUUAACUCUUGAGGAAGCUGAAGGAUACAAAAUAGCUUGGCCAAUGGAUAAAGUGAUUUUGGAUAGGGAUCCAAUCUUUUUUGAAGAUGUAUCCAUGCAAACCAAGGAAGGUGAAUCUCGAAGAUGCAAAAUAUAUGAUUUGACCAAUGAAGAGGACGAAGUUAUUGCUGAAGGUCUCGUGUGCUCAGCUAAAUCCAAAGAUAUGGUCAACAAUAUACCAAUAGGUCCCAAUGUUGUUAGUAUUAAAGUUCUGAAGGUGUUCAAUGAUAAGGUAUAUUUGGGGAGGCCAACCGAUGAUAUGUUUUUGAUUGGUGAUGCAAAUAACGAGAAAAUCUAAUGGCCAGUCCUAAAGGUUGAAGUCAUGGCAACUACCGUUACAGAUGCAACACCUACUAAAUCUGCAGCCAAGAAAAUAGCAUCACCUUCGAAAUUAGCCAAGAAAAAAGCAGUGAGUCCAUGCAGCACUAGUUCGACCAAAAGUCGAAGGCAGAAGUGUAUUUUCUUAGAUUGCAACAACUUUGGACGUAAGGUAGCUGAAGGAAGAGUAGCUUCGAUGGAUCCGAAUGAGUGGUGCCACUUUGUACCCCUAGGUCCAAAUGCAAGCAACUUUUGGGUUGAAGUGGCUAAGAUUGGUAAUGCAAAGGUCUGGAGGCCAAAUUGAAAGAUUGAAUCAUAUCUGAUGCAAUAGUUUCAGUUGUGGCAUGGCCAAAUGAAAAACUCAAGUUCGU